UUGUACCACGGAAUCGUUGGCAAUGUACCCGAAAUAAGAGUAUUAGCCGAGAUGUUGGCUGUUCCAAUUAACUGGGAGACUUCUGCAGGAUAUAAAACAUUACUCAGGACAAUAUCAUUGCUACAAGACAACUCCUUCAAACAGAAUCUUUCAGCCAACUGCAAACGCCGCAAGGACAAUGGAGGUAUGCAAUUUUACAUUAAGCAACUUCCAUAG